AUGGGAAAUUAUGAAUCAAGGAAAAGAACCAAACCAUGCGUGGCCUGUAAGAGACAGAAAUUGAAGUGCAUCUAUAGCUCAUCACUUCCCUGUGAACGCUGCAUUAGACAAGGCAUACCGUGUCACUAUCCUGAAACAUCCAAAACAAAGUCAUCAAACGAAAAAAAUGAGUCCGCUGUGCGACACCAUUUUACUGGGAACACGCAACCACUUCGACAAUUGACACCAGUUUCUUUGACUACGUCUGCUCGUUUUUUCCCAGAUAUGAGCGAUCCCAAAUCCUUUAUUGGGCAAACUUUAAAGGCAUCAACUCUUUCUGAUGGGCAUUCAUCGGAUCAAGCGGGGCAAAAUGCGGAUCAAAAGCUCGUAGUUUUGCAAAAUGCACUGAGCUCAGUAAUGAAUAUGUUUCAAAAUAACAGAGUUGAGACCUCUCAGCAGAUAAAGCAUUUACAAUCACAAUUGGAGGAACUUCAGCAACAUUCAUAUAAUAGAAUCAAAUCGGAUGUGUCUUUACCAUCGUUAAGUGAAAUUAUCUCACAGGAACAACAAACAGCUUCGACUACAGAUUUUCGGGCAAAUGAAAUAAUCACACUAACUGAGGCUGCAGAGCUCCUCGACCUAUUCACCCAUAAAAUGUCUAGUCACAUGUUUGGCUAUAAUUUUGAGGCUGUUUCUGCAGGUGAACUCUGGGAAGAAUCGCCCCUGCUAUUAGUUUCCAUUUGUGCAGUUGCUUGUAGACAUCAUCCGACAUUGACAGCAAAACUAGAGCAGUUGGUAGCAAGUUUAAGCUGGUUUGCUUCUCAAUUACUCAGUGACAGCGAUUCUGUCUCUUCAUUUAAGGAAGUCGAGAGAGUCAUUCUCGCAUUAGUAAUUGCUUCUUUAUGGUUCGAAGGAAAUCGUUUAUAUUUGUCCAUUGCGUUACAAUUGGCGCGGACAUGGAAGAUUGAUGAAGAGCAAAUGGAAGAAGGUAAUAAUCAAUCAUGGAAACUCUGGUGCCUCCUUUAUAUUGUGGACGGUGCGCAAAAUCUACUGUCACAGAAGAGUCCUUCUGUUUACAAGCAGUCUGAACCCGUCAUCUUAUCAAGUCGAAGACACCUUGUUGAAAGCAUCGAAAAUUCUAAAAUCAAGAGAAUACUAGAAGAUAACUCCACAUUUGGUAAAGAUGAAAUUGCCACUAAUAAGCAAUUGAAUUUAUUGAACGAGGUUAAACAUGAAAAAAUACGAAUAAAUUCAUCUCAACUACAAGAUAUAAGGCUAUGCGGCCUCACAGAAUAUCAUAUGGCCAUCGAAUCCAUUUUUCACCGUAAACACCGACCUGAUCUCUCUUCAGAUGCCAUAUCGGCUCUGCUUCAACCAUCAAGUCUCGGGAUACCUUGGAAAAACAACAUGGAUUUAGAUAGGUGGAUGGUUUCUUGGACAAUAACGCUACAGAGCAUAGAUGUGCAGAAUGACGCCUGGUGCUUCAAAUCUACACUUCUUUACUACAAUUUUGCCCGUAUGCACAUAAACACAGAUUGGCUACUCAACAGAGGCACUAGGUUAACCAACGGUGCUGAAAGGAAAUCCAACUGGAUGGAAGUUUGGAAGUUAAAGGACUGUAACGAUAUAUCGAGUUUCAAGAAUGCAUCAGAUGAAAUAGCGACAUCUGCUGCUAGUAGUCUGCUAAAAAUUGCCACCCACGACAUUGAUAUCCGUAAUGUGUUUCAGUUUCUGCCCAACCAUGUCUAUAUUAUGAUGUUCUACGCCUGUAUAGUAAUACUGAAACGAUUACCAUCGUUGGACAUCUCGGAUACCAUAUAUAUCAAGAAAUUACAGAAGAAUUUCAACUUAGUGAAGGCAUUUAGGGAUUCAUUAGUAUCAGGAAAUUCUUCAGACCCUGAAUUUGCUCGGAAAAUUGUAGAGAGUACCGACGAGCUCAUGAGAUCGUUUAUUGACCAUUGCAUCAAAGUUUCCAAGUUCUCAAAAGUUCAGAGUUCGGAAGUGGCAGAUAUCAUACAAAGUAGUGACCACGCCUUUGACACAGGAAGCAAGAGAAAAACUAUUUCUGCUUGGCCAAGCAUCAACCAUGGCCACCCUUGA